UCUCCUUCAGCUCGCUGCUCUCUGCUGCCAGCUCUCUCCCAGCGUUAUGGCUUUCAGUGGCAAAUUUGAGUUUGAGAGUGAGAAGAACUAUGACGAGUUCAUGAAGUGCCUGGGUGUUUCAGACGACGUGACUACAAAGGCACGGAACCUAAAGAUCGUCACAGAGAUCCAGCAGAAUGGACAGGACUUCACCUGGUCCCAGUCUUACUCUGGGACCAACAUCAUGACCAACAAGUUCACCAUUGGCAAAGAAAGUGAAAUUCAGACCAUGGGAGGCAAGAAGUUCAAGGCUACUCUGAAGCUGGAGAACGGGAAGGUGGUGGCAGACUUCCCCAACUUUUACCAGACCUCGGAGAUCGUGGGUGACAAGCUGGUGGAGAUCUUCACCAGUGGCGGUGUGACCUAUGAGCGAAUAAGCAAGAGGCUGGCUUGAGCUCCACCCCCCCACCUGGCUGGGCUCUGAGGGGCUACAACCCUGCAAUAAACGUGCUUCAUGACUGCCA